UUAACUGCCCCGAUCAUGGCGCGUUGCGACCCGGCGGGCCCCCCCUUUGCGGGCUUCUACGUUUUCUGCUUCUGUCACUUCGAAUAAGACAAUGCUUUCAGCUGUAGCCAUUGAGCAUUCCAUUUACCCGGGCGACAGCAAUAUUGUGAUAUUGUAACCGCGAUGAAUGUCUGCAAGCAGAAACUCUACUUGUCAAAGUGGACGAACUACGUGUAGCUGUCUUCGCAUUCUUGCAACAGCUGGAGACUAAUCAAUAAAAGAGCUCCCCCUUCAUGCUCGCACGCUUAGGACUCUACGAACGCGCUAGCUAGUCGUGUUCAGUUGCGCGCUGUGCCAACUGCAGCAGAUAGGAGACAAACGCAAGGCAUUAGCUGAGUCGACAGCAGCGCUUGGGGGCGCGUCUCGAAAACUCGCUUGGGACUUGAAUUCCUCGGAGCAAAAGGGCCCUGGGCCCCGUGGUGACACCCACGUAAUAAACAUGAAAACUUCUGACGAAGUGUCAGAAAUGCCUGCGGGCAAGUCGGAGCCCGCGGAGGAGGGUGCUCCACGGAGGAACGUGCGCAUCUCCACGGGCGGCCCCGCCAUCCUCGAGGUGCCCCCGACGCCGGCCGGCCACGCCCCUGGCAUGAAGGAGCGCGGAAUCCUGGAGCUCACACUGCACUCCGAUGGCCGCGACUCCCAGGGUGUGCCCGUCGACCCAGCGUCCAUGUUUGAUUUCUGCAAGGAGUACGCUUCUCGGCCGCUGUGGGACACCACCUCCCACAAGCUGGCCGCCGUGUCCGAUGCCGAGAUGCCCGAGGUGUUUCGUGACAAGUGCGUGUACUGCUUCACAGCCGUCAAUGAGCACUUCACGUUCGCCCGGCCGGACUACAUGCACGCCAGCUUCUUUCAGCCGGUGCAGGUUUACGUGCUGCUGACCAGCACCACCAAGGUGCCCCAGUGGCUGCGAAAUGACUUCAACCGCCUGCCGGAGAGCAAGGCGUCCAUGCCCGUGGACUGGCAGUUUGGGCUGCACACCAAGGUUCUGGCCAUCUUAAGUCAGAAGCUGGCCCUGAUCAAGAACGCGCGCAUGCACGUGUGGGAGCGCAAGCAGCACUGCGUGCCGGGUGUGGCGUACACCUUCGGCGGCACGGAGGGCAACAGCCCGCUAGAGGACUUUACAUACCUGCUGGCGUGGCGGCCGCUCGAGCCGGAGGAGGUGGUCAACCCAGAUGCCCGCACCGCUGUGACAUCCGCGGUGGACAGCGAGGAGAACAAGGAGGACCGGCUGCAGCUGUUGGGGCGCAUUGCGGAGGCGGUGGCGGAGGAUGACAUGGAGCAGCUCAAGCGCAGCGUGGAGGCGUACAGCGCCCGUGCCAAGGCUGCGCCCGCCGCCUGGCCGCGCCCCUCCUUCCUGACCUCGGGGGGCAGGCUGCUGACCACGCUGGCGGCGGAGCGCAAUGCGCAGCCGCGGCUGGUGCUGUACCUGGUGUCCCAGGGGGCGGAGCUGGACGCAAUGGGUCUGCGCUACGUCCUGAACAACUCCAAGGCGCUGGUGUCGGCCGGCUACUGCGACGUGUCGCACCUGCUGCUGUCCUACCUGGCGCUGCAGCGCAACCCCAUCGCCAGCGGCAUGGCGUGUGCCCAGGUGCUGGAGGAGUGCGCCGCCACCAACAGCGCCAAGGCCAAGGAAUGGAGGGCUCUGGCCGAGCAGCUGCGCAGUGUGGCUGUGGAGCUGGUGGGCUGCCUGGAGAAGCUGGAGCUGCCGCCCGCGGAGGAGGGCGCGGCCGCAGGCGGAGCAGGAGGGGCGGGGGCCUCCGCGGGCGGAGCCCCGCCUGAGGGCGGCGACGGCAAGCAGGGCGGCGGCGGCGGCGUGGAUGACGCGCCCCUGGGUCCGGGCGUGGGUACCGGCGGCACCAUCCCCGCCGCCAUCAGCGACGUGCUAGCGCCGCGCGGCGUGCCGUGCAGCGUCAACGACUCAAGCCCGCUGCAGGUUGCGUACGACGCCAACGACCUGGAGUUCAUGGCGGCGCCGGUGGUCCAGGGCUACCUGCAGGACCGCUGGCUGGGGCCCGACUACAUCCUGCUGGCGCUGCAGGAGAAGGGAGCCACAUUCCACUACCAGGACCACCACCUGAUGCUGCGGCUGCUGGAGGGCAGCGGCUUCGUGGGCAGCCUGGGCCGGCCCAUCAUGCGCUACCACUCCUACAUCCUGCACAUGCUGGUGUUCGCCAGUCGCGCCUUCUACGACUCGCCCCGCGGCCGCUGGAUCUGGAAGGUGUUCCUGGAGGCCUUCUUCCUCUACAUCUACCACUCCAUCCAGCUCAUGCCGGACGAGACCUCGCUGCACUGGCAGCACAUCGUGUUCGUGCUGUACCUGGCGGGCAUGCUGGUGGACGAGUGGCAGGAGGGCGCACACCAGUACGGCGGCCGCAUCGCGCAGUACUUUGCCAGCGGCUUCAACAUGGUGGAAGCCAUGUGCUGGCUGAUGCUGGUGGCGGCGUCCGGACUCAAGAUCGCCAUGUGGGCGCUGCCUGACGGCCAGGACAACCCCACUUGGGCGGACCUGCAGACCGCCAAGGAGUUCAUCUACAACACAGCUUCCAUCCUGGUGUGGGCGCGCCUGCUGCAGUACAUCAUCCCUCUGUACGACGGCAUGGGCAGUCAGCUGAUGAUCAUGAGUCAGAUGUUCCGGGAGGUGUUCAAGUUCGCCAUCCCCGGAACCAUCCUGCUCACCGGCGUCACCUUCUGCCUGUACUCCAUGUACAACGGCCGCAUCCCGGAGCUGUCCUCUUUCCCCAAGGUCAUGCUCAAGCUGUUCCGCACCUUCCUAGGAGAGACCAUGUUCGACGUGUUUGAUGAAGACCCCACGCCCAUCUACCAGAUCUACGGCACCAUCAUCGUGCUGAUGUACGCGCUGGUGGCGACUGUGGUGCUGGCCAACCUGCUGAUUGCGUUGAUCAGCUACCACUUCCAGCCCGAAAAGACCGAGGCGCAGUCAAAGUUCCAGAUGGCCGAGAUCCUGGCGCACUACGAAUACAUGAUCGACCACCACCUCAUUGGCGCACCCUUCUCGCUGCCGCAGCUUAUCCUGCGCAACCUGCUUCCCAGCGGCGUGCGUCAGAAGGGCAGCAGCUCUUGGCUGGCCGAGACCUUCUCGCUGUCGCCCAUGGACGGCAUUGUGGUGUCCGGCGAAAACACCGAAAACAAGUUCCUGCCCAUCGGCACCAACGAAGUGCCCUACCUCAUCUACCUGCUGACCUUCUACCCGGCAGUGCUGGGCAUGUCGUGGGCCAUGUACUUUGGAAUGGCGCCCUACUGCAUCGCCUACUUCACUUUCCUGGGUUACAAGAAGUGGACGGGCGAGAGCGAGAACAAGAAUGCGCCGGCCUUCGGGGCGGGCGGCGCCGCCAAGGUGGGCCCCGACGCUGCCAGCGCCGCCGCCAGCGCCGCCUCCGCCGCCAAGAGCCAGAAGGCGCCCAUCGACAUGUUUGAGAUGAGCGGCAAGCGCCGCCACGCCUCCGCCGACCACCUGGACGGCGCCGUGCACGACGGCACCCCCAACUAUGAGGAGUGGGACAACAAGAAGAACUUCCUGCAGCUGGUGCGGCUGGUCUGGUCCACCGGCAUCUACAUCGCCACGCGGCCGCUGUGGCUUGUGCUAGGCGUGCUGGGCUACCUGGUGCUGCUGGGUGGGCUGCUCAUCACCGUGUGGCUGGGCGUGUACACCUGGGUCGGCAAGCUGGCCUUCCACGCCUACUGGGUGGUGCGCGGCUGGCUGCAGGGCUGGUUCGGCGCCACCAACAUCGUGCUAGCCAAGAAGGACGGCGCCAGCACCAACCAGAGCACCACCAGCACCCUCAACCCGCUGGCGCGCGUGCACGACUGCGUGUGGGUGCGCCUGCAGCAGGCACUUCUCAAGGACGCCGGCCAGGUGAUCACGUGGAAGGAGCUGUCUCGCGCACUGCGCCACGCCGGCUUCAAGCGCUGGGAACUUGCGGUGGCGCGAGUGGGCGCACUGGCACCGUCCGAAGCCUCAGCCGGCGCCAAGUACGCAGUGCGCCGCAUGAUGAUGGCCAACACAGUCGCACUGGGUGCCGUCGCCGGCAUGUCUGACGCCGCGCGUCGCCAGAGCAUGACGCAGCGCGCCGAGGCGACACUGCGGCUGCUGGGCAGCACGGGCGGCGACAACGAGGAAGCCAGCAGCAGCAGCUCCGGCGGCGGCAGUGACAGCAGCGAUGACGAGAACGCCAGCCCCCGCUACGGCGGCUACGGCAUGUCGCGUCAACACGGGCACCUGCGCAUGCACCAAGGCCAGCCCGGGCCGGCGGCGGCGGCUGCCGCUGCAGGCUCGGCGGCGGCGGGGCCGAUCGGCGGCGCCGCGCCUGGUGGCGGCGGCGUCUUGGACUCGGCGGCAGCCAUGGGCCACCUGGCUCGCAAGAUGGCGCGCAAGCUGGGCCGCGAGCUGAAGGAGACGGUGGCGUCGCUGAAGGCGGAGGUGGAGCAGGUGGCGCGCAGCGCCUCGAUGGCCCAUCCGGGUGGCAGCGGGCUGGGCGGCAUUGGUGCCAGUGGCGCCAGCUUGUCGGCCCCCGGCCCCGCGGCGGCGGGGGCGGCGGCGGGCGUGCCAUAUGGCGGCAUUCCUCGCGGGCCGAGCGGCAGCGGUGUGCUGGUGAUGGGUGGCCCCAGCAGCCUCACACGGCGGGAGAGCGGCGCGCGGCGGGAGAGCAGCCUGGAGGAGUGAGAGGGCUUGGCCGCUCAGAUUAUUACAAGUUGAGUGAUUUCUGCGUGGACGCCGGAAUUUAUGGAGGUUACUCAUCCCCCCCUUCAUUAUUAAUGACAUCUGACGCGUGCUUAGCUACAGCAGUUACAUGUACGCACAUCGCAUGGAUCUUAAUCUGCUCUACGUGUCUGGGUGACAAGGACUUUUUUGCACACUUGGACUCCAGCUGCGGCUGACGGCUGUUGCCGGUCUUGCUCGUGUAUUGUGCGGGAUUGUUGAUACGGGCACGUGCACAUGCAUGGGGCUUGUAAAUAUGGUCCGGAUUAGUGCGCAUCAGGUAACUGUGGUGGAUUGCUGCAUGGUCAAUGUUAGUGUGCCGCCGGGCGCGCACGUCUUACCGGCGCGGCGUGUCAGCUCUGGGCAGGUUUGGUUAAGCCCCCUCUUGCAUAUAAGAACUGCCAAGCUUAUUCUUAGGCAUGUGCUACCGUAUACGGUAUGAGAGAACUUGACAGAAAUCAAUAGAUUGUACGAGUUUGAAGCUGGCAUACGUGUUGCGGUGGGGCGUGUAACUGACUGCUGGUCAGUGGAGGCGAUGGCCUGGCGGCGGUGGCGAGCGGGGCGAGGGGGCGACAGCGGGUGGCCCCUGGCGCCCGCCACAAGGCAAGCCAGAAGGCAACCCAACCGCCACCAGCUGAAACAGCAACGUAACGUACGCUAAUAGAAAACAAUGUGCAACUUGUGGUGAACACAAUGUGCCCUGUUACUUUGGCCCGUCACGGCCAGUUACCGCGAGCAUGGAGAAACUCUAAGUCAC